UUCGGAAUCCGACAAACCUUUGUGGGACAGUACCCAAGUCCCGGUCGCAGUCUCCUCAUCCUGAAGGAGAAAACAUGACCAUGGAGGCAAAAAGGCAAAGAAGAAGGAAGAGUAAAGAGGCAGUCACAUAGAUAGCUCAUGAACCCUCAAUCAUCAACCCCACUACCAUGGAUUUUCUCUCCAUUUUCUUCCCAUUUUUCAUUCUCAAAGUCUUCAUCAAAUUGAAGUACCCUCACACUAUGAUCAUCUCAACAAUCUUCCACACCACCACCCACCACCACCACCGCCGCUACUGACCAGUUCAGCCACUACAUUUCUGCGUCAAUCCUCUCUUCAACCACCAAAGUUGAGAAGUUUUCACUUGGGGGGGUCUUGAUGCCUGGUUUAGUUUCGGUGAAAACCCCACCUGCCUCAACGCCGCUCAGAAUUUUCCUUCCAGAAAAUUCACAAUGCGACGGUUCCAGAAACGGGUCGCCGCAGGUUCAGCGUCGGAUGGCGUCGCCGUCGCCUUCCACGUCCACCUCCCGAGCCAGGCCCUCCCCCGACCGGGGCUCCGGCAGGAAGAAGACUACGCCGGAGAAGACGACAAUCGACGAGUCCUCCCUAGACAACCCUGAUCUGGGUCCGUUUCUCCUCAAGAUGGCCCGCGACACCAUCGCCUCCGGCGACAGUCCCAGCAAGGCUCUCGAUUUCGCGAUCCGCGCGGCGAGGUCCUUCGAGAGUUGUUCGGGUUCGGAGCCGAGUUUGGACUUGGCCAUGUGCCUCCACGUCGUGGCGGCGAUUCACUGCAGCUUGGGGCGGUUCGAGGAGGCGGUCCCAGUCCUGGAGCGGGCUAUUCGGGUCCCGGAUCUGGCAAAAGGAUCGGACCACGCUCUGGCCAUGUUCUCUGGCUACAUGCAAUUGGGCGACACCCAUUCGAUGCUGGGUCAAUUGGAUAGAUCAGUCUCUGCUUACGAAUCGGGUCUAAAGAUCCAGACAGAGACUCUGGGCGAAUCCGAUCCGAGAGUUGCAGAGACUUGCAGGUACUUGGCUGAGGUUCAUGUUCAAGCACUGCAGUUUGAUGAGGCAGAGAAUCUCUGUAAAAAGACCCUUGAAAUCCACAGGGAGCAUAGUGAACCAGCCUCCCUUGAAGAAGCAGCUGAUCGUCGGCUUAUGGCUCUAAUCUGUGAGGCAAAGAGAGAUUAUGAGGCUGCACUUGAGCAUCUUGUCCUUGCCAGUAUGGCGAUGAUUGCAAACGGUCAAGACAAUGAGGUUGCUGCAAUAGAUGUGAGCAUUGGUGACAUUUACUUGUCCCUCUGUCGUUUUGAUGAGGCCGUGUUUUCAUAUCAGAAGGCACUUACAGUCUUUAAGUCCACAAAGGGUGACAAUCACCCUUCUGUGGCAUCAGUGUUCAUUCGCCUUGCUGACCUCUACUUCAAGACCGGAAAGCUACGAGAAUCCAAGUCAUACUGUGAGAAUGCCUUGAGAAUAUAUGCAAAACCUGUGCCUGGAACCACACCUGAAGAGAUUGCCAAUGGGCUGACAGAGAUUUCAGCCAUUUAUGAAGCUGUAAAUGAGCCUGAGGAGGCAUUGAAGCUCUUGCAGAAGGCAAUGAAGUUAUUGGAAGACACCCCUGCCCACCGUAGCACGAUUACAGGGAUAGAGGCACAAAUGGGCGUGAUGUUCUACAUGGUUGGGAGGUACGGGGAGGCUCGGGCCUCCUUUGAGAGUGUUAUAGCAAAGCUUCAGGCCAGUGGGGAGAGGAAAUCAUCCUUCUUUGGAAUUGUGUUGAACCAGAUGGGAUUGGCUUGUGUGCAGUUGUACAAGAUUGAUGAGGCUGCCGAGUUGUUCGAAGAAGCAAGGGGGAUAUUGGAGCAAGAGUGCGGCCCGCAUCACUUGGAUACUCUAGGGGUAUAUAGCAAUCUUGCUGCAACUUAUGAUGCUAUGGGGAGGGUAGAGGAUGCAAUUGAGAUAUUGGAGUACAUACUUAAGGUGAGGGAAGAAAAGCUUGGAACAGCAAAUCCGGAUGUGGAUGAUGAGAAGAAAAGGCUAACUGAGCUCUUAAAACAAGCAGGCAGGGUUCGGAACAGAAAAGGAAAAUCACUUGAAAAUCUCCUUGUUUCCAACCCCCAAGGGAUGAAAAAAGAGGGAACAAAGAGGUGGUCAGGGUUCGGUUUCAAAACUUGACCAGGAAUAUCCCCUCUGUUGCUGCCUUCCUCUUUCUCACAGAGAGACUCCACUCUUUGUAACAUAGAAGAGUUUCCAUUUUAUCGUUUACUUUAACUUGGUUGUUUCUUUGAAUAUUUGUGCUGUGAUCUUGAAGAUGUUCACUGAAAGAAAAGUUGAAAUGCAUGGAGUGAAUAAGUUUUUAUAAA